AUGUUCCACAAGGGCAUGUUCUGCUGGGUCUGGUACGCUGUUCUCGCCGCGUGCCUCGGCACGGCGAGGGCCGGGUAUCUGACGGUGAACAUGGAUGACCCAGUGCAGUGCGGAAACGCCAACGUCUCGUGGUAUGGCGACACUGGGCCAUAUCAUUUGCUCUUAACCCCAACCACCUUCGUAUCCCAUGGCUACAAUCAAUGGAUCGCCACUAUUCCCAACGGGACAAACUCGUACACUCUCCCAAUCAACCAGCCGGCCGGCCUCCAGUUCAUGUUGACAGUGUGGGGAAACGGUGGAAUCGAAUAUGCCGGCACCACUACCGUCCUCACUGUCGGCAGCUCGCCUACAGGCGACUCGUCGUGUUUCCUUUCGGACAGUGCGAUCAACAGCCUCUACACAUUUGCGUUCAACAUCACCAAUCCCAACAGCCUCCCACCACAAUGCUCCAACAUGAGCAUCACGUGGCCGACGUCACUUGAGAGCGCCAUCACAGAUACGCGACGAAGUGUUCCGGGCGACGACGAGACCGAGGAAGUUUCAAUCAACCUCAACCUCGCACGCGAUGUGGCAGCGGUGGACUCUACCAACGUGCUCGACGACAUGAGCAGCAGCAACAAGUCGUCGGGCAACACCACUGUCCCGCCGACUAUUUUCGGCAUCAUCCCACUGGGCAACUCAUUCUCAUUGCCCAUCACGUACAGCAAAACGUCCAAAUUCGCAGAUGGACUCCCAGCCUCGAGUCUCUCCGAUACGCCGACGACAUGGACCAGCCAGGGUAUCACUCACAUGAACUGGACCAUCAACCUCGCCAAGGGCACUCGCUUCAUUCUGGUUGCGGGUAUCGGCAGCCUGGAGGAGUGGGCCUCGGGUGGUUCCAGUGAGAUGAUGACUGUUGGCCAAGGCGAUUCCGCUUGCCUGUCUAGUUCUGGUGCCGUCCCCUCGGUGACUGCAGACUCGACUUCAGGCUCGGUUGGUCCCACGGACGAUUCCAGCACCAGCACACCCAAGCGCAGCACGUCCAGCAUCGGCAUCAUCCUCGCAUGCGUCUUCUCGGCACUCGGGACGUUCCUCAUGUGCAUGGUAUUGUGGUGGUGCUGUCGUAUACGCAAGCACCGCCAGCGUGCUGUCAAGGCAGGUCUCACCAAGCCAAGUAUCGUGAACCUGGCCACGUUUGGCAAAAUGGACAGGAAGCGUGGACCCAAUCGAAACAUUGCGCGCUACUCGCCCGGCCACGGACAUGGUGCCGACACGCAGCUCGACCUCAUCGGCAACGAGCACGACUCGAUUGACGGCGGUACACCACCACCCGGUACGGCUGGCAGCCGCCGCCUACCCAACAUUACGACCUCGCCUACCCCCCGCCCGAUCUCUGCAGUCAGCGGCAUGGAGUACCCCUCGCCAAGCUCGUCAGCCGAUUUCCGCGAGGUCACACCGUACAUUCACGCUGCGCAGGCGUCCAACGUAUCCAUGCGCUCAGCGACCAUGUACGAGGAGCCACCUUACUCGUACCAGUACGCCACAUCACCGCUGUCGUCGCCAGUGCUCCGCAACAUGUCGUUUGACCGUGUCUCGGACCUGCGUAACAGUGGCGCCGACUUUAUCGGGCGUCAAGCGUCCAUCGACGGCCUGGUCUCGUACCCACCACUUGCACACACGCCUGCGGAGAGCACUACGGGCAUCGCGCGUCGUGGCCCGCUCGUCCUCCAUGACCCCACGGGUGCGGACCACGACAGUGAUGAGGAGGAGGCCAACCCUGUGAAUGUUGCCGAGUUUAAGCGCGAGACUCUCGCCCACCUCGGUAGCGCGCCGUCAUCUCCUACCAUUGGUGCUUCAGGACAGCCAGUCCCUCCCCCGCGCCGACGCCGCAGUCAACCGGCAGAAUAUGUCGUCCACCGUGACGCCGGUCGCGUGGCCGGUACUGGUCCUAGCAGCAGGCGCGUCUUUGAGCUCCCACCACGGUACGAGGAGCUCAUGUGGGACGACGAAGACGAGUCGCCCGCGGGUACGGUUGCACCGGGGACACGCACUGGCACGUCGUCAGCGACCGGUGGGUCGACUCCUCUGACUCCAGGCCCUCCUGUAUCCCUCCACGGUGUGUCGGGUCCACAGGGAUCAGCACCGCCGUCGCCGCUCGCGCUGCGGUCUAGGCCAACCUCGGUUCCCACCUCACCGGUAACCGCCAUGCCUUCGCAAGAGGACCGCGACACGACAGGCCGGUAA